AGCGGCAAACACAGGCUACAAGUGCUGUAGCUAGAAAUAACGGACUUUCUCUGGGUGCCACGCGGACGCGAGUGUUCCCAGCUUCAGCUUUACUGAGUGGCCAAAGCAGAAGGAAACUUGCCUUCUCGUUUGAGGGAUUCUGUCACAGCAAUGUGUGAGUCCCUGGAUAAAUUUGGCUUGGUGACGGCAGUGUGCUCUUCCCAGAGAUUCUGCCACAUUCUCCUUGCUCCUUUUCUGGCCUGACCCCAGUUUUUCACUGUUAACGUCCGUGACAAGUCAGAAGAUUUGCCCCUUCCAUGAUCUUCUGUUCUCAGGUUCCCUUUCCAGUGUUUGCCACUCUGAUGAGAAACUGAGGCCAAGGUGCCUUCAACCAGCCAUGGCUGUAAAGGGAAUGAGGACCAGAGGAGCAGGCCUCCCUACAGUACGGGAUUAAAUUCUGCCAGAUUCUUCUUAUCUAAUUGUGUUGCUGCUAGAAAAAGUUUGGAAAUUUUGGGGAGAAAUCUAGCCAACUCCCAUGGAGCUCCACUCUCUGUCUAAGAGGAACAGCCCAGUGGACCCAUGCAAUGUUUUGGAGUGGAGUUCAGGAGAGACUUCUGGUGACCAUACAGAAGAGGCAAACAUCAGAGAUGCUCUUUGCUAUCAGAAAAACUUGGCAUCGACACCCAGGGCAGAUGUGGUGGAAGUGUGUAGACUUAGCACUUCUCCAGCAUCCCCAUCCUCCUUGCUCCAGGACAAUGCUAUUCAAACAAGCUUCUUCCCAUCCGGACCUUCUGACUCAGGGAACAACCAAGUAAUGGCUGAUCGCAAAGUCUGUAAUUGUUGCAGCCAGGAACUAGAAACUUCUUUUACUUACGUGGAUGAGAACGUCAACUUGGAACAGAGAAGUCAGAGGUCACCAUCAGCCAAAGGUAGUAAUCACCCUGUAGAUCUGGGAUGGGAAAACCCUAACGAAUGGUCUCAUGAGACUGCCAUGUCCUUGAUGUCUGAAGACGACGAUGAUACAAGUUCAGAAGCCACAUCUUCAGGGAAGUCUGUAGACUAUGGUUUCAUCAGUGCUAUCUUGUUCUUGGUCACUGGUAUCUUGCUAGUGAUCAUUUCUUAUAUUGUCCCUCGGGAGGUGACAGUGGAUCCCAACACAGUGGCAGCCCGGGAGAUGGAACGCCUAGAAAAGGAGAGUGCAAUGCUAGGCGCACACCUGGACCGUUGUGUGAUCGCUGGGCUCUGCCUCCUCACCCUCGGGGGAGUUGUUCUGUCUUGCUUGCUGAUGAUGUCUAUGUGGAAGGGAGAGCUCUAUCGUCGAAAUAGAUUUGCCUCUUCCAAAGAGUCUGCAAAACUCUAUGGUUCUUUCAACUUCAGGAUGAAAACUGGUACUAAUGAAGAUACUCUGGAACUAUCCUUGGUAGAGGAAGAUGCCCUUGCUGUACAGAGUUAGUUCUAAAAUCCUCGAGAGACAGCCAUACCUUUUAUAUGAAAAAAAUUAAGUCAUGGGUCCUUUAUUUGUUUGAUGAGAAAAGUGUUCCACCACACACAAACUAAAUGCCAGUGAAUGUUUUAUUUCCAUAAAUCUUGUGUAAUAAAGCCUAUGUAAGUUGUAAAAGAAACCAUAGCCAGCUAAUCCCUACUUGCUACAAACUGAAAACUAAUUCAUCUGAAAUCACUAUGUGUUUCUACUUCUAAACAAAAUACUUCUGCUGACCUAAUAUAUAAGUGUUGUCUUAUACAUAAACAUGGAGAUCAUUACUAGGGACUAGAAGGGCUCCUGCAUAAUGCGAUCACUUGGCAAUCUAUUCCAUGAAACAUUAGCACUAAUUAAAUAGUAAGGCUUAAAUUUAACUCCCAAAGGUACUUUUCCAUUUUCUUUCUACAUUUUCUUCCUGUAAUUUGUCUAAACCCUAAAGUGUAGACUUUGGCAGCGUGAAUAUUUUGAAAGCUAAGGAUUUGGUUAUUUUUUUUAAAAGCUAUAAGAAAUUAUAUUUUAAAUUAAUGCUAUAUUUAGAAGUGACAACUAUGUCAUUAAUAUGUACCAUAUAAUAAAGGUAAUGAUACAAACCUUGUUCAGACCCAUGUGAGGUUAACAAACUGUUAUCAAAAAGUAUUUCCUUAUGCAUUUGUUCCCAACGAAGUAGAAGGAUUUGCUGAUGCAGUUUGUUUCCUGUUUGUGGAUUUGCACUCAGUUUGAUGACCCGUGGCCUUGAAAUCUUUACUACUUCUCACAUAUGUGUGGCAAAGCAUUGGACUGUUAAAACACAUCCAGACAGAUCUGAAUCAUGAGUGGGCCUGGCAUUCUCCCAGGUGACGUUUUGUGGUGAUCGUUUGGAGAAAACAUGCAGAGUAGGUGCAGCUAGACCUGUGAGAACUCUGCCUAGCAUAAGCCAUUACUUAAAGAGUCCUUAAGCCUGUAGCCAAAUCUUACACUGGGAGUUGUGUUCAUUAUGUGUUCUGACUCAUCUUGCCAUCUCUAAAGAUCAUUCAGAGAACCUUCUACUUCGGAUCUUUAAGGACCAUGCUCUUGCCUCGUAAAGUAAAAAUGUCUAGUUUAUGGGAAGUACUGUGGGCAAGGUGGUCAGGAAAGGGAUGGGAAGAAAGGCCUUGAAUUCCACUUAUGUUCCACGAAGUGGUCCCACCCUCCCAUUUAGAUAUUUUAAUUAGUAUGUUACAAAGACUAUUGAUUUCAUUCUUUAAAAAGGACUGGAGCUAAGCAUGGGUGUGAGUGAAGGGAUGAG